AUGAAAUGUAAAUAUUGGUUGAACGAAAGUUCCCUUGAGGUGGAAAAGGCAGUCAGUCGAUUAAGAUACCACCCUCAACGUCCAGGCUCAGAUAAAACCUCAGCUUGGACUGCGUUCUCUACACUUCUUCACAACUUGUCUUCCUUGAAAGAAUUACUCAUGGAUGAGAGUUUCUCAUGUAGUCAUGAUUACUACGACUAUAACUUAUCUCAACUGAAAAAAGCUCCGAGACUACCUCGAUAUCCCAUAUUGACCAAUCUGAAAUCGCUCUCAAUCUCAAUCGAUUGUCCUGCCUGUUCGAUCAUUAUUCCUCAUAUGAUACUUCCAGCGGCCAAACAACUCGAACAUCUCAAAGUUAGACUAGUAGCUCCUGGAGAAUAUACCAGUGAUACGGUCGAGUAUAGCCCCUCCGAGAGCUUUAAGAAGAUCAUUGAUACCUGGUGUAAAGAUGACGAAAGUGGCAGUAGACGAAAUCAAUUGAAGACUUUAUAUCUGAAAUAUCCUCCGUUGCGCAGUGAUAGGAUUAAAUCUGGUUGGACUGGUACCAUCAAGGAAGCGUUGAAUUCUUUGCCUCAUUUGGAAGAUUUCAGGACAACGCAGUACUAUAAGAAUGAAGACAUGCUCGCUGCUGGUAUAACCGUGAAAGGUCGUAAGAACCGAAAAGGUGAAUGGAAUUUCAAAGUCAAAAAGCAAGUAGUAGAAGCUGGUCAAGAUGGAUAUCAAUCUUUUGAAGACGUCAUGAAGGAGAUUUGUCCUGAAUCCAGUCACACCCAUCUGAAAUAUUUCGAUCCAAUUAUCCUCAUCGAGCUAGACUACAGAAGACUUAUGAACAAGGAAGCCACCCUCACGCAGACACGUCGAUCGUGGCUGAAAGGACGACCCGAUAAUGAUCCAAUUGCCAUCAAAGAAGAUAAAGCCGAACAGAAAGAGUACGAAGUCAACUUUCAACAUGCUGCCGCUGCUAUUGCGACAACUUUGUUAAAGUAUUCCCCUACAUUGGAAGGUGGGGCAUUAUGGGAAAGAGGAUCAGAGACCAAUGAACUUGAUUGGUUACAAUGGAAUUGGACUAGAUCAGGAGAUGAAAUUGUCAUAGAGAAUAGUCCAUGA